CGCCUCCUCCCCGCCCGCUCCCACGUACGCGCAGCCGGGCGGGCAGGCACGGAGCCGCUGGCCGUCCCGCACACUUGCUGGAGAUGAGUCGCGCCGCGCUGCUGGUCUCCCUCCUGCUCCUGGCCGCCCCGGGCCGCCCCGGUGCCGGCAGCGACCAGGACCAAGACCAUGACCAGGAGCACGGCAGCAAGGACCCCCCGCACUCCCAGGAGAAAGGUCCUGGUCACAGUCACUGGAGCUAUGAAGACCGGGAGCACUGGCAUGUGGACUACCCGGACUGUGCGGGCACCAUGCAGUCACCCAUCAACAUCGACAUCACCAAGACCAUCUUCAGUCCCCACCUGCGGCCGAUCCAGCUCUCUGGCUACAGCCUGCCUGCCAACCAGAAGCUCAAGCUGAGAAACAAUGGGCACACAGUUCUCCUCGAGCUGCCUGACUCACUGGCCAUCACUGGUGGCUAUGCCCAGCAGUACCGAGCUGUGCAACUGCACCUGCACUGGGGCUCCCUGUCAGGCCAUGGAUCUGAGCACACCGUCAACGGGCACCGCUUUGCUGCGGAGAUCCACGUGGUCCACUACAACACCAAGUAUGACAGCUUUAAGGAGGCAAUGGUCCACCCAGAUGGCCUGGCUGUACUGGGAGCCUUCCUGGAGGUCGGGCCAAGGGAGAACCCUUACUAUCAAGAAAUACUUGGGCAUCUGUACAAAAUCCAAGAAGAAGGUGAGGAAGUCUUGGUGCCUGGAUUCAACAUUGCAGGUCUGCUGCCUGCCAACCUGAAACACUACUUCCACUACAAUGGCUCUCUGACCACACCUCCCUGCUACCAGACAGUGAAGUGGACAGUCUUCAACCAGACUAUGCUGCUCUCUCAUGACCAGAUGUCAAUGCUGGUGAAGACCCUGAGGAACGAUGACAGCAAACCUCUGCAGAAGAAUUACCGGCUGGUGCAGGACCUGCAUGGGCGACGGGUGCUGGCGAGUUUCCAGACCACCCUGGUUUCAACAAGGCAGCUGCCUUCUGAAGGACCUUCCAGCUCUUCAUUUCAUGCAGGGGAUGUGCUGGCCGUGCUCUUCGGGGUGCUCUUCGCCAUCACGGCAAUGGCCUUCCUGCUGUACAUCUACAAGCACCGCAGCCAGAACACACGGCUGGAGUCACCAACCAAAUCCAAGGUCAUCUACACAGCAGCCUCCACUGAGAACACCGUGUGAGCCCCAUGCUGCCGUAGUGGUCCCAGCCCUGGCAGCUCAGCCUGCCAACCCACCUCCCUUCACUCCCAUGCCAUGCCGAGGGAGGGCCAGCGCUCCAGCAUCACUCAGCUGCAUGGGCUGCAUACACGGACUGUUUGCCUGAGGCAGCAUCUCAUACAGACUUUCUUAUAAAAAAAUGGUAAAAAUGUCUUUAAAAAAAAAGUAAAAG